AUGAAACCAGCGUGGGAGGAGUAUGUCUCUCAUCUCGACGCACGUCCUAACCUCGAGCAGAAAAGGAACACGGUGACUAAUAAUAUUAACAUACUCGGCGCGCUAGGGCCGGGCCAACACGCUCUAGAGCAUGGAGUAGAUGCAGAUGAUGGGUCUCAGCACCAGAGUUGUAUGGGGGGGGGGGGGGGGGGGGGGGGGGGGGGGGGGGGGGGGUGGGGGGGGGGGGGGGGGGUGGGGGGGGGGGGGGGGGAGGGGGGGGGGUGGAGGAAGCGCUGA